GUUAGAUGGUUAAACUGCAUUAGAAGAUACCUGGUGAAGCGCUGGUUCAGUGAGAGGGCACACAUACAAGAUGACCUUUUUGUUGUUUAUUUUUCUCCUGCCACACGUCACCUGUACCUGGCCUGGGUUAUGGCCCGAGCACAACCACGAAGAUGACUGUCUCGAUGUUGCGAUCAUCGGUGCAGGUAUCGGCGGCACAUACACAGGCUACCGUCUACGAAACAGAGGACUGAAAAUAGCCAUAUUUGAGUACUCCGACAGGAUUGGAGGUCGCAUGUUUACAGCUCAGAUCCCAACUGUUCCUGGCACGACUGUGGACUUCGGGGCGAUGAGGUUGAAUCCCAAGGAACACACAUUUCUUGUGCGUACUGCAAGCCAGCUUGGACUCAAUAUUGUUGACUUUCCUUUGAACUACGGCAACCGUAACGAGACUAUAUACUAUCUCCGUGGGCGUCAUCUUCUGCCGGAUGAACUGGGAGGACCAAAGACUCCAUACAACCUGAGGCCCAGCGAGAGACUCAGCCCGGGUGACCUUCUGUGGAAAUUAUAUACAGAAAACACCAACAUGAGCAGUUUGGCCUACCCCUCAGAGUCGGAGAUAUACACAAUAUACACAACAGACGGGUACCCUCUGUACACUAUGAGAGUUCCUCUCGCCACUGAAAGAACUGUCUGA